UAGUCUUGUUUUGAAAUGCAUUCUUCAUUCAUACUAGUUCUGAUAAUUUGCAUACUUCCUGUUUCAGGGAGAGUUUUGUUGCGGGAGGUCCAAGUUCUCACUCUCUACCAAGACCAAUAUACUACUUCUCGGCGGACAUCUCCCGUUCCCCAGCUACAAUGUACUGGAGGCACAGCCAGAUGUGCAUAUGUCCCUGCAGUUGUUCAGUGUCAUAACAAAGGUUGGGAUGGCUUUGACAUACAGUGGGAGUGUAAGGCAGACUUGGACAACUCCUAUCGCUUUGGAAGAAUUGAAGUGAGCUGUGAAGGCUAUGAUUAUCCAGAUGACCCUUACAUCUUAAGGGGAUCUUGUGGCUUGCAGUAUGCGUUAGAGUUAACUGAGGAAGGCCAAAGAAAAACUAACAACUUUGGAAGCUUUGGCUCCAGCUAUUUCCAAUCAAACAAAGUGAAUUCUCAGGAUUCCUCUGACUCUACAUCUGGAGUGAUUGUCGUAAUAGUGCUUCUGCUCCUUGCUUAUGGAUGUUACAAGUUAUUCCUCAGUAACCACGUGCCUCAGCAGGAUUUCUCUAAUGAUGAUGGAUAUUCUAGGAUGUCUUGGGAGAAUCGUCAGAGACCACCACCACCUCCUCCUGGUUUCAAAUCCAGCUUCACAGGAGCUGGUGGUUUUGGUGGCGGUUCCAGUUAUGAGGCCAAUUCAGGACCGGGGUUUUGGACUGGACUUGGAGCAGGAGGCCUACUAGGGUACUUGGCUGGUAAUCAAAGGUCACAACCACGUUCCUCAUAUUUUCCAUACACCAGUCCUACUGCUCCCCCUCCUACAGGUGGAAAUUCUAGUGGUUCUACAGGGCCUCACACCUCAGGGACAAGAACUGCUUCUGGUUACGGAGGUACAAAAAGGAGAUGAUGGUCUCCCUGACGUGGUUGCAGUUAAAUACACCCUUCUUCCCUGCAUUUUAGUGCUUUCCUUUUAAUGUAUGCAACUUCAGUUUCAAAACCUAUUGAAAUCUUUCUCCCAGGGAUUUGGGUGAAGAAUUAGAAAUCUCUCCAUACCUUAGUGUUUAUUUUAAUAAGAUGCUUCAUGGAUUUAGAUCAUAGAAUAAUAGGACUGGAAGGGACCUUGAAGUCAUCGAGUCCAGUACCCUGCACUCAUUGCAGGACCCAGCACUGUCUAGACCAUCCCUGAUAGACAUUUUUCUAACCUACUCUGUGGACUCUCCAUCUCUGGAGAUAUUUAAAUCUCCCUGGGCAACUUAUUCCAGUGUUUGACCACCCUGACAGUUAGGAACUUUUUCCUAAUUCCAACCUAAACCUCCCUUACUGCAGUUUAAGUCCGUUGCUACUUGUUCUGUCCUCGUGUAGAUGUUAUUCUUUGGGUAUUUUGAAAAGAAAAUAGGCAUAAGAUCAGGGAGCUCUUGGUGGUGAAGACUUUAAUUUUGAAGCAUUCAGACUAAAGCCUCUAACUGUGUGGGAGAGGAAUGAAGGAAUCAAUACAGUCAGUGACUUUCACAGUCCUAACAGAGCUUGGAUACAGCCAUGUUGUUCAGAGAUUUAGCAGGUAUCAAAACAUACCCUGUUUUCCUAAUCCUAUAAUAAAACGACAAAGCAAUAU